AUGGUCAUGAUGGCUUACACGGGAACACCGAAUGAUCAACAACGUACCCGAUAUCUUGAAGAUAGAGUUGCCGAUCCAAGAUCGAAUAUUUCUGUUGACAGUUUAUUUGAUUCCAUAACAGCAUUAAUCUAUGAUUCAGAAGGAUUAAAGAAGACAAAAAAUUUUGAAAGUUUUUAUACAAAGUAUAAAGCAUGUGCAUCAGAUAUAAAAGAGAAACGAGUGAAUUUAGAUGAUUUUUCUAUGCUCAAAGUUAUUGGACGAGGAGCCUUUGGAGAAGUGCAUCUUGUGCGGAAAAAAACAUCUGGACAAGUUUAUGCAAUGAAAACAUUGAGUAAAUUCGAAAUGCUUAAGCGUUCAGAUAGUGCCUUUUUCUGGGAAGAACGAAACAUAAUGGCGUUUUCAAACAGUGAUUGGAUCGUACGGUUGUAUUUUGCAUUUCAAGAUGCUAAGAAUCUUUAUAUGAUUAUGGAUUUUAUGCCUGGUGGAGAUCUCAUUACGUUGUUAACACGACAUGAUAUUAAUGAAAAUUCAGCAAGAUUUUAUUGUGCCGAAGUUGUAUUGGCACUUGACGCUAUACAUUCAUUAGGCUAUAUUCACAGAGAUGUUAAACCAGACAAUAUGUUACUUGACUGUCGUGGACAUUUAAAAUUGGCUGAUUUUGGUACAUGUGUUAAAAUGGAUAAAGAUGGAUUGGUAAGAUCCGAUACUGCUGUUGGAACACCUGAUUAUAUUUCUCCAGAAAUAUUAAAAUCGCAGAGUACAACGGGGGUGUAUGGUCGCGAGGUCGAUUGGUGGUCUGUUGGAGUAUUUUUAUAUGAAAUGCUUGUUGGUGAAACACCAUUUUAUGCCGAGUCUUUAGUUGGCACAUAUCAUAAAAUAAUGAAUCAUCGUGAAAAUCUAUUAUUUCCCGAAGAAGCUGACCUAUCAGGUGAAGCAAAAAGUCUUAUUUGUGCGUUUCUAACGGACAGAUCAACUCGUUUGGGGAAAAAUGGUGUUGCGGAAAUAAAAGCACAUAUGUUUUUUACUGAAGCCGAAUGGACAUGGGAAACAAUAAAAACAGCUUCUGUUCCAAUUGUACCUCCGUUGACGAAUGAAGAAGAUACGAGUAAUUUUGAUGAAAUAGAUAAAAAUGAUGCACCCACCGAAGAAUCAUUUUCUGUUUCUAAAAUUUUUGCUGGAAAUCAGUUGCCAUUUGUUGGCUUUUCAUUCUCAAAUGACCAACAGCCAUUCAUAGAGAGACGAAAUACAAAACUUGAUUACAAUAGUGCAGAAUUUGAACAGAAGCUUCAGGAAAGCGAACGUAUCAGAAUUGAACUAGAGACUAGACUAAGACGUGUGCAUGAUGAUAUGAAUGCUAAAUGUCAAGAUGAAAAAGUACUAAACACAAAGAUAUAUGAAUUGGAAAGAAAAAAUGUUGUACUUCAAACAGAAAAUAAAGAAGCUCAACGAAAAUAUGAAAUGGAAAUUGAAAAUCGUCGCUCAUUCGAAAUUAGGUUAGAUGAAUUACAACGUUUACUUGAAAAUGAACGUUAUGGAAAAAAUCAAAUGGUGAAUACAAAUCGUGAAUGGACGGAAAGAAUCACGAAUCUAGAGAGACAGCUAAACGAAUCUAAUGAAAAAUUACGAACGGAAAUUGAUAUCGGUAUUCGUUUGAAAAAACAAAAUCAAGACUUACAAAAAAGUUAUUCACAAAUUGAACGUACACAAACGGAUCUACAUGAUAAAUAUCAAGAAUUAAUUGCAAUUAAAUUAAAACUUGAAAAAGAUACCAUAGCUCAACAAACUAUAAUUGAGCAAGAAAAAAAUGCAAAAUAUAUGGUACUUGAUAAGAUACAUGAGCUCGAAGAAAAAUGUAAUACAAUGACAAUUGAAAUUGGAAAAUAUAAAGAAAAAGAUUCAUCACAUAUGACACAAAUAGAUGAACUUCGACAAACAACAGCUAUAGUUGAACGAGAAAAAUUUAAUUUACAAUUUGAAAUGGAGACAAUGAGAACUAAACUAGUCCAAGAAGAAACAGCUCAUAAAAAACUUCAAGAACAGUUAAUUGUAGAAAAAUUAAAACGUGCUGUAACACAUACUGAUGACGGUAGUCAUGAAACAAUUAAAGAACUCGAAAAGAAAUUAGAAUUUGAACGUUUAUCUGUCAAGAAUAUAACCGAAGAUUUAAUUCAAACUCAGAAAAAUUUACGUAUGUUAGAAAUUGAUUAUAAACAAAUAUUUCAAAAUUAUACUCAAUUAACAAAUGAUUAUCAAAUAUCAAAAAACUCAUACGAUCAAUUGUAUGACCAAAAUCAAACCGAUCAACAACGACGACAACAAUAUGAUAAAGACUUGAAACAAAUGCAACAAAAUUUACAAUUAUCUGGUAAUAAGGAGAAACAAUAUCAGUCCGAAAUAAUACAAAUGAGAAAAGAAAAUGAAUGGUUAUUAGCGGAACAAAAACGAACGUGUGAUGAAUAUGACCUGAUGAAAAAUAAACUACUUGAUUACGAAGAACAAUUUGAAGUCGAAAGUAAAUUUGCCGUAUUAUAUCGUACGCAAAUGAACGAAUUAAAAGAUGAAAUCAAUGAAAUAAACGAUAAAUAUAAUCAUAUUUAUCAUGAAAAGAAACAUAUUGAAGAAGAGAGAGAUAAUUUAUUAAAACAACUCGAAUUAACAAAUGUUAAGUUGAAAACUGAAAGUUUAAAUCUAAACUUACUUCAAGAACAAUGUGCUGAAUUUGAAAAAGAGAAAAAUAUCAUGAUUAUUGAAGUGGAAGCACUUCAUAAAGAUUUCAACGCCAGAUUAGGUGUACUUGAUUCAGAAAUUAAUACGUUUCGUGACAUGUACAAUAAAGGACAACAUGAACUAGAUCAAUGCAUUAAAGAUCGAGACAAUCUAAAUUCAAAGUUUAAAAAUGCUCUUGAUCAAAUGCACGAUUUAGAACAUCAAGUAACAGAAUGGAAGAAAAAAGUUCAAGAUGAAAAGACAAAAACGGAAGCUGCUGUAAAAAAAUUACAAGAAAUUGUCACGAAUCCCCUGCAGAAAAAUCCAUUUUUAUCAAAUCCGAAAGCUGGUCGUCGACAAGAUCGUGAUCACAAUGAGCGAAAUCAUGCUAGGCGUCUUGAACAAGAAAUGCAAGCAGAACGUUACAAAUAUAAAAAAUUACAAAAUGAAAAAGAAGAAGAAAUAUCUCAAUUGAAUGAUGAUAUAACAAAAUUGAAACGUGAAUUAGAGUUAAGACGUGAUGAUGUUGAAAAAUUAAGAAAACAAUUAGAAUUACGUGGAAGUAUUGAUAAUGUGUCAUUGACAAGUGAAGAAUUAGAAGAUGAAACAAAAGAUCGAUUGGAAAGUUGGGUACAAAUACCAACAAGAAAUAUUCGUCGUGGAGGUUGGAAACGCCAAUUUGCUGUUAUUGCCAAAAAUAAAUUGUUAUUGUAUAAUUCCGAAAGAGAUCAACAAGCUGCACUUUCAAUUGAUAUGGAAAAAUUGUAUCAUGUACGCGCUGUUACACAAGGUGAUGUUAUUCGCGUUGAUGCAACUCUUAUUCCAAAGAUAUUUCAAGUACUUUAUGAUAGUGAAGGACAGACAGUUGUUAAUUCGAUGACUACAUCAAGCUUGAAUGCACCGGCACAAGAUCAGAUUCGCGGUGGAAGUGGUGAAAAUAUUGAAUAUAAAGGACAUAAUUUUGUUGUUGUUGCCUAUCGUAUGCCGACGAACUGUGAAACAUGUAAUCGUCCAUGUUAUCAUUUAAUUAGUCCACCACCUUGUCUAGAAUGUACAAGAUGUCACGUUCGUUGUCAUAAACAACAUUAUGAUGAUAAAGAAGAAUUUAUUCAACCUUGUCGAGUGAAUGACAAAUUAUCCGUAAAAGAACUUUUAGUUAUGUGUUCAACUGAAGGUGAACAAAAAUUAUGGAUAACAAAAUUAAGUAGAAAAAUACCUCGUCGUGGAAUCUCUUCACAUGAUCAAUCAGGUUCUUCAAGGACAAGUUCAACAUCAUUUCGUUCACCUAAUGCAAGUAUCAGUUCCUCAGCUUCAAAUCUAUUUAAUCAGUCUGGUCAGUCAUCCAAACAAAAAUCAUCAACAUUGCCUGCCCGUCCCAAAUAA